ACAGCCCAACAGAAGCCAGUGAGGGGUUCUGCGGAGAAGGAGAUUACUAACUGGAGAGUAGAGCUGCCAAUGGAAGCUGUGAAUGUGUACAAGUUACGUCUGCUCAGACCUCAUAUUCACUGUGUACAACUCUUAUAAACCAUGUUGGCUCCUCCAAUCGUAUUUCGCUUUCAGCACUACGAAAAAAACCGAUUGGCUGCCGCGCGAUAUUCAAGAACACUUUCUCUUUGGUUGAAGAAGCUGUCAAUCAAUAAUCCUAACGCGCUAUUGGUCAAGUUCAGAUUAGUUCCGGUUUACCUCACGGCGUACGUACAGGAAAGCGCUACGUUAAAUUCUUUUGCGGAUGGUUGCGACUUAGCAGAUAAGAUGUCUGGCUUCAGCCCUGAACUCAUUGAUUACUUGGAAGGCAAAAUAUCCUUCGAAGAGUUUGAGAAAAGACGCGAAGAGAGGCUCGCUGCUGAGGUAUUGCCUGGUGCCUCCACAGCAAGUGAUACAGACGAUCAAAAUGUACCCUCCACCUCCGGGACAAAGCGCUCGGACGUUGCCGAAUCAAAUGAGGACGAAGAGGAAACUUCAGACGGUGUUAGUAAGUCAGUCCACCGAGCAUUUGCCUCCAUGAUUGGAGAAGGUGACAGAACAGGGGAUGAUGAUGAUGAUGACGACGAGGAGGAGGAGGAGGGGGAGGAGGAUGAACGUGGAGAACAUCAAGUUCAGCCUCCAUCUGCUGGAGAUGUCUUUGCCUUGGAAAUGGAACUUAACAGAGAAAACAAAAAGAUGAUGAGGGAGAAAAGGCCCCGUAGUAAACUCCCCAGAGCACUGAGAGGUCUCAUGGGUGAAGCCAAUAUUCGAUUUGCGCGGGGUGAGAGCGAAGACGCCAUUUUAAUGUGCAUGGAGAUCAUCCGGCAAGCCCCCCUUGCUUACGAGCCCUUUUCAACCCUUGCUAUGAUAUACGAAGAUCAGGGCGACAUGGAGAAAUCUCUGCAGUUUGAACUGAUCGCCGCCCACCUGAAUCCUAGCAACACUGAAGAAUGGGUUAGGCUGGCAGAGAUGUCUUUGGAGCAAGACAACAUCAAGCAAGCGAUCUUUUGCUAUGGCAAAGCUCUCAAAUAUAACCCAACAAAUAUACGCUAUUUAUGGGAGAGAUCGAGUUUGUAUGAACAAAUCGGAGAACAUAAACUGGCUAUGGACGGCUACCGACGCAUCCUCAAUCUCUUAUCGCCUUCUGACGGGGAGCGCUUUAUGCAGCUGGCGAGAGAUAUGGCCAAAAGUUAUUAUGAAACGAAUGAUAUAGCAUCUGCCAUUGGCACAAUCGAGGAAGCUCUUGCUAAACACCAAAACCUUGUUGCCAUAGAAGAUGUCAAUAUUGCAGCCGAGUUGUACAUCUCUAAUAAACAGUACGAUAAAGCCCUUGACGUUAUAACGCAGUUUUCCGGCAUUACUUUAAGUAAAAGCGACACAGGUUUACUGGAUAGUGCUGAAUCUGUAGUAUGCAAUAUGCCGGACGGAGUUCCUAUUGAUAUUUCAGUCAAAAUGAUGUUGUGCUUAAUUCAUCUCAACAUACUUGAGCCAGUGUAUCCAUUACUGACCUUCCUUAUGGAGCAGAAUCCAGAGGAAGUGGGCGAUUUGUAUCUGGAUGUUGCCGAAGCCUUCCUUGAUGCUGGUGAAUACAAUUCUGCAUUACCACUUCUCAGUGCUCUUGUUUGCUCUGAAAAAUACAACCUAGCUGUUGUUUGGCUUCGACAUGCAGACUGUUUGAAAGCUUUGGGGCACAUGGAGAAAGCUGCUGAGAGUUAUAGCAAAGUUGUGGACAUGGCACCUCUUCAUCUAGAUGCUAGAAUAUCACUUUCUACUCUCCAACAGCAACUCGGACAACCAGAGAAAGCAUUAGAAGCUUUAGAGCCAAUGUAUGAUCCAGAUACCUUAGCCCAGGAUUCCAAUGCCGCACAGCAGGAACUUAAACUACUACUUCAUCGUUCUACUCUUCUUUUUUCUCAGGGUAAAUUAUAUGAUUAUGUGGAUACACUACUCACCAUGCUUGCUAUGCUCUUAAAAAUUGCCAUGAGUCGGGCACAGGUUUGUUUGAUCUCAAGUUCAAAAUCCGGAGAGAGACAUUUAUACCUUCUCAAAGUGUCUAGAGAUAAAAUGUCUACCAAUGAUGACCAGGAUACUGCAAGCUGUGACGGAAAAUCCAUUUUUACUGUACUUACUAGUGUUUUAACGAAGGAUGACUGGUGGAGUCUUCUUUUAAAGUCAAUUUUUGCCUUGUGUGACCUUACUCGGUUUAAGGAAGCAGAAUUGCUUGUCGAUUCUUCAUUGGAGUAUUAUUCAUUUUAUGAUGACCGUGUGAAAAGGAAGGAGUUGGAAUAUUUUGGCCUUUCUGCUGCUAUUCUUGACAAGAAUUUUAGAAAAGCUUAUAACUACAUCAGAAUAAUGUUAAUGGAAAAUGUAAAUAGGCCACAGCUUUGGAACAUCUUCAAUCAAAUAACAAUGCAUUCACAGGAUGUGAGGCAUCACCGUUUUUGUUUAAGGUUGAUGUUGAAAAACCCUUCCAAUCUUGCGUUGUGUGUUCUUAGUGGGCACAAUGCAUUUGUUUCUGGAAGCUUUAAGCAUGCACUUGCUCAGUAUGUCCAAGCCUUCAGAAUAGAGAUGACUGAUCCUCUGCAUAGUCUUUGUAUAGGAUUAACUUUUGUUCACAUGGCAUCCCAAAAGUUUGUGCUAAAAAGGCAUGCUCUAUUGGUACAAGGCUUUUCAUUCCUUAAUCGAUAUCUUGAACUACGUGGUUCGUGUCAGGAGUCGUACUAUAACUUGGGCCGUGCUUUGCAUCAAAUUGGCCUUGUUCAUCUCGCAAUUCAUUACUACAAGCAAGCUCUUGAGCUUCCACCUCUUCAACUUGAAGGAAUGGAAGAGGACCAUUUAGACCUUAGAAGAGACAGUGCCUUUAAUUUAUCACUCAUUUACCAGAACAGUGGCAAUCCAGAAAUAGCCCGCAGACUUUUGUAUCAGUAUUGUGUGGUGUGACUUUUUUUCAGCUGAUUCAUAUGUCAGAAAGCAGCAUUACAAAUAAGUUAAAAUUUGUUUAUAUGUGUGUGGGGGGUAUAUGUUAAUAUGUAAAUAAAGUUUAGCACUUCAUGAAAAUAA